AUGACCGGCGGCGGCGGCAGCACCCGGCGUCCGACCGCCGCGGCCAGGAGCCGCGGGAGGCCAUCUGAGGCCUCGGAGCCGGAGCCGGGCGCACGCCGAGCCGCGGCCGCAGCGGCGCGGCGCCGUGGCCGCGGCGACCAUGGGCCCCUGCGCCUCAUGGACGUGAGGCCCCGAACCCUCGCGCUCUUCGUGCUUGCUUCCUUCGCCUUCGUGUCGGUCGCCUUCGUGGUGUAUACUGGUGGGUGGUGGGAGGAGGCGGAAGGGGAGGGCGCGGCGACGCUGCGAAAGGUCAUGCGCUCCGUAACCCCGCUGUCAGCGCCCAGGAUGAUGGAUCUGCCUCAGUUUCAAAGUAACCACAAGGAAAGUUUGUAUUGGGGCACUUAUAGACCAAAUGUGUACCUUGGAAUUCGUGCAAGAACCCCUCUGUCUCUAAUUGCCGGACUGAUGUGGAUUGGCUUGAAAAAUGGACAAUAUUUUCUUCGCCAUGUUUGCCAAGAUUCUGAUGAGCUGAGCACAUUUGGGUGGACAGCUCACAAUGGUAGGGAUUAUGGACGUCAAGUGCUGGUUGAUCAUGGCCUAUUCUUGACUACUAGUUUUCUGAAAGAGAAAGGAGAGAACAGUGGUUAUGGUGGAGACUGGGCAGUUCGAUUGGAUGCUAACAGUGAGAGGUCAGGCUUAAGUGAUGCUCAAGAAAGCACCACACAUCUUUUUUUCUACAUUGCUGAUGAAACUGGAAAUCAGACCACUAUGGGUUCAUAUGAACCUUCAUCAAGAGGCCCUGUUCUUUUGGCUUCUGGGUCGCAUGAGGAGAUUGGUGAUUGGGAAUUGCACUUGAGAUCUGAGGACAAUUUGGAAAUUCACAGAGCUGGAUUCAAAUCAAUGAGUAUGCAUAAUCUGAGUGACCUAGUACAACAAGCUGUUGCGACUAAUGCAAUGCAAACUGGAAACCUUAACCUACCAGAUAUUACUGAAGAUUCUUCAAAUAUAAUGGUCUAUCAGGUUUCCAUAAAGACUCCUGCUCAAAUAGACAUAGUAUUCUUGUCAGGGUCUGCCUCAAAGUCUCCAGUGAUUGAAGAGCGGAUUAGCAAGCUAACAGGUCCCAUGCUGAGUACCCGUCUUGAAACAAAACAAAAGGAAUUUGAAGAGAGAUAUGAUCAAAUCUUCAAUGUAAAUAAUAAGAUUGAUUCCAGACAAUUAUCUGUUGGUAGAGCUGCCUUGUCAAGUCUUCUUGGCGGCGUUGGCUACUUCUAUGGGCAAUCCAAAGUUGCAAUUCCGAAAGGUUUUACACAAAAAAAUGGGGAUAAGUAUAUUCCAUAUUGGCCUGCUGCGUUAUAUACAGCUGUUCCCAGCCGCUCAUUCUUUCCAAGGGGAUUUCUGUGGGAUGAGGGCUUCCAUCAAUUAGUCAUUUGGCGAUGGGAUGUGCAUAUAUCUAUGGAUAUCAUUGGGCAUUGGUUAGAUCUGCUUAAUUCAGAUGGAUGGAUUCCCAGGGAGCAAAUCUUAGGAGCUGAAGCUUUAAGUAAAGUUCCUGAGGAGUUUGUUCUGCAGUACCCUUCAAAUGGAAACCCUCCAACUUUAUUUCUUGCGAUACGUGAUUUGGCAAGUGGUAUACAUGCACAGCAGUUUUCAGAUGAGGAAGCUGAAAAGGUUUCCAGUUUCCUUCAAAGGGCUUAUAUACGGCUAAAAUCUUGGUUUCAGUGGUUCAACAGUACACAAUCAGGUAAAUAUGAAGGCACCUUCUAUUGGCAUGGAAGAGACAACAUAACAAGAAGGGAGUUGAACCCAAAGACUUUGACAUCUGGAUUGGAUGACUAUCCUCGUGCAUCUCACCCUAAUGAUGAAGAACACCAUGUUGACCUUCGUUGUUGGAUGCUUCUUGCUACAAACUGCAUCCGUUCCAUUGCGGAGUUUCUUAAAAUGGAUAGUUCUCUUGAGAAGGAUUACUAUAAGAUGUCAAAUCAACUUUCUGAUUUUGGAACACUUAACAAGUUGCACUUGGAUGACAAAAUUGGUGCUUAUUUUGAUUAUGGUAACCAUACUGAAAAGGCUCGAUUGAGAUGGUUUGAUGUGAAAGACAAGGAUACUAUGAGGCGAGAGUUCUUGCGAGAAACAUUACAACCCCCUCAGCUGCAGUUAGUACCCCAUGUUGGCUAUGUCAGCCUCUUCCCAUUCAUGAUGGGGACUAUUCCACCUGAGUCAUGGGUUCUUGAGAAGCAGCUCAAUCUGAUAUCUAAUACCUCUAUAUUAUGGACAGAUUAUGGCCUUCGAUCGCUUUCUAGAACAAGUUCAAUAUAUAUGAAGCGUAAUACAGAGCAUGACCCCCCUUAUUGGAGAGGUGCCAUUUGGAUAAACAUGAACUACAUGGUUCUUUCCGCACUACAUCACUAUGCACAUGAGGAUGGUCCAUAUAGCAGCAGGGCAGGUGAAUUGUAUGACAAGCUAAGAUCAAAUCUUAUCCGGAAUAUCGUGCAGAAUUACGAUGAAACAGGGUUCUUCUGGGAAAACUAUGACCAGAAGAACAAAGGAAAGGGAAAGGGUGCACGGUCAUUUACUGGAUGGACUUCACUUAUUGUUCUGAUCAUGGCGGAGUCCUACCCAACAUUGCAUAGGUGA